GAAAAGAGAGAGAUACUUGGUUGGUACCGCAUGAAACGUUCAGGCAUGUCUCGAACUCCUGGCAUGCCCGUUGUUGCUGACUGAUAGGAAUAUUGUGUAGUAUGUUCUCAGUUUUAUCAUCCUCUCAACGCGUCUUCAGCUAGUGUCAAUAAGUUAAUAAAUUUUAAAUAUAAAUAUAGUAUUAUUAUCGUUUAUAUUGUAUUAUUGUCCAGAAAGUUUAUUGUGAAUGUUAUUUGUUAAGUGGUUGAUAUUGUAUCUAGAUGGUUUACAUUUGACAGUGAAAGAGAGUCUCCUUGAGAGACACUUGUGGAAACAAGAAUUACUCGAACGAGUUUUUCAAGUGACAGUGCGUGGAUUUUGUAAAAAGUAUAUGUCUGUAUAUACUACAUAUAUAUUUAUCUUCCUUUUUCUUACUUUAAAAUAUAAUGGAAUCGAAUGAGAUAGAGGUUAGUUGAUGUGAAGCUUUUGAUACUACCAAGUGCGCUGCUUCAAUUGGAAACUAAAAAAUAAAGAUAUAAAAAAAAAAAAAAAUUGAAAAUACAAUUUGAUAUCAAUGACGAGGACGUGUAAUUUUAACUUAUUUGUUUUAAAUUUAAACUUUAAAAUAAAAUGGCUUUUACUUGUCAUGAACACUACCGUAUAAUUCACUUGUCAAUGACAUUAUAGAAUUAUUAAAUUUUUUAUGUGAAAGAUUAUUAAAAAAUAAUAAAAUAAAAAACGUCGGGUAGAUAUGUAAAAUGAAUAAUAAAAAAAAAAAGAAUUUAAAAUGAUAUAAUUCAUGGAAAAAAAAAAAAAAAUAUAAUAGGAGAGGAGAAUGCAGUGUAUAAGUGUGGUGAAGUGAGUGUAAUUUUUAAAAAAUUCCCCGGGAAGUGAUAAAGUGCACGAUAUAGAAUUAAAAGAAAUAAAAGUGCAACGCGGGAACUGAAAGUGCAGGAAGACUUGAGCAAGUAAGACAAGUGUCCUCCGGGGUUUUUGCAUCGGUGCGUUGGGUCGUUUUGUGAGAUCCACGCUCUUUUUUCUAUCUAUCUCUUCCUCUUUCUCUAUAUCUCUUUCUUUCUCUUUCUAACUCAUUCGAAUUCUUUAUCUACUCUGUGUAUAUCCCGGCAAUGUUAAUGGUGGAAUUCCGCUCUGGAAGAAUCUGAAGGCGGGGACUCUGACGUCACUCCGCUCAUGAUAAUGAGAGUGCAGUAAAAUAUGCCAAGGAGACGAAAUGGGGAGAUACCGCUUCCGGAAGGGUGGGACGUUGCUCAAGACUUCGAUGGAAAAGUGUACUUCAUCGAUCAUAAUACAAGAAAAACAACUUGGAUCGAUCCGAGGGAUAGAUUCACGAAACCUCAGACAUUCGCCGACUGCAUUGGAAAUGAAUUACCCCUUGGUUGGGAAGAAGCUUGCGAUAAACAUGUGGGUGCUUAUUACAUCAAUCAUGUCAAUCAGACUACCCAGCUUGAGGACCCAAGACAAGAAUGGAGAGCUAUCCAAGAAGCUAUGCUUAGAGAAUAUUUGCAAACUGCACAGGACGUACUUGAGGCAAAGAAAGAAAUUUACGAUGUUAAACAACAAAGGCUAUGUUUAGCUCAAGAUGAAUAUGACCACCUUAAUAAUGCUUUGACAACCCUUGGAGCUUCACGCACAAGUUUGUGCUCAAGCUCAAGUUCUCUCAGUACAAAGUAUGAUCCUGAUCUUCUUAAGUCUGACGUAGCUCUGGCAAGGAGUCGUGUAUCAAGGCUCAAGAGAGAAUUGGAACAGAUAAGAGCUGAAAUGAAUUGUACACAACGCGGAGUCGACACGUUAGCAAGUGUGGAACUAAAACUCAGUGCUCAUCAAGGUGGCUGUUACAAUAUAACAGAAGCCCAAGCUAUAAUGACAGAAUUAAGAAAUAUUCAAAAGUCUUUAAGCUCAGGUGAAAAAGAGAAGGCUGAAUUAAUGCAAUCUUUAGCGCAGCUUAAAGACGAACUAACAAGAUUACAAUUGUGUGAAAGUAGUCCAGAUGCCAGUACACUAAGUUUACCACAAGAUAAAUUAAGUACUGCAUCUCAAACAGAUUUAUCUGGUGAAUUAGGAUCUAUCGGAACAAGAUUAGCUGAGAUGGCACGUAUGAGGUUAGAGUAUGACGAAGCUCGUAAGCGAGUCCAACAUAUUCAACAGCAGUUGGCUGAUUUAGAGGAAAAAGUAACACCGGGUCAGACGGAAAGUGACAAAGAUAAACUUUUAUUGUUUCAAGAGAAAGAACAGCUUCUUCGAGAACUAAAAAGCAUUACGCCUCAUACAAGAACUCAGCAAGAUAUGAAAAAAAUUCAGUGCGAAAUUCGUAAAUUAGAGCAAGAUCUUACCAAUGCCUUAGAGCUAUCCAAUAAAACUAUAACAGAUCGUGUCCGUCUUCAUGAAGAAAGACAAUUGCUUUUACAGCAGUUACGAGAUGCACUGAGAUCAAUGACAAUGUUAGAGAGUCAAUUAAAAACAUUAAGUGCAAGCACAUUAUCUGUUAGUAGCAGUUCAAGUUUAGGAAGUCUCAGUACGACUAGCAGCAAAGGAAGUCUUAGUUCGGGUCUCAGCUUCACAGAUAUUUAUGGAAGUCCCCAGUGUCUUGGUCCAGUUCAACAAGAACGUCCAGUAGAUAUGGUUGACCUCCAUAGACGCGUUGAGAGACUUCUUCGAGGAUCUGAACAGAAUCUUGGAAGUACCGGAACACCAUCAUCAGGUCGAUCACAACCAAGUCUUUCACCAAGAUCUAGCUUAUCUAGUGUUAGUCCUCCAGUUUCUCCAUUAUAUGAAAAUGCUCCUGUAGGACCACCACCAGCGUAUGAACAAGUUGAAAUGCAAAGAAGACAACAACAAAGACUCUUUGGAACCACUACUACUACUCACAUAGAUCGCUGUCAAUUAGAGGACAAAUUAGCUGAACUUAAAAUCAGUCAGCAAGCUAUUCAAGAACAGAAAACUGAACGUCUCAAAGCCAGUUCACAACCACCUCUUGAAAUCCAAUCUGGAAAUAUGUCUCAAGGUAGUGGAUUAGGAAGGCCUGCUCACUCAUUACCCCAAGAACCUCCACUUUCACCUAUUAGUGAGACACCACCUCCUAUGGGCAGUAGGUCCAGAGCGAGCAGUUCGGGAACUAAUACCAGAUCUGUAUCUGCUGCCGUAUCUGAUGAAAGUGUAGCUGGAGAUUCUGGAGUCUUUGAAGCUUCUAAUAGAAGAAAACCAUCAAGGUUACAAAACUUUAAUACUCUUGCCUUUGGAGAUAUGAAUCUAGAAACUGCACAAGUGCAAAUUAAACUUAGAUAUUCUAUCAGUGAUGGACUUCUUCAUAUUGGUAUUGAAAGAGCGAGAAAUUUAGCAGCUCUAUUUAUACCAGAAAAUAGUAAAGUGUACAUUAAGGCGGCUCUAUUGCCCAUGCAACCACCAAUCAACCAUAUGUGGUGUACAAAACCAAUUGUGGAUCUUCGUAAGCCUACAUUUGGUGAGAGCUUUCCCAUCUCUGUGCCACUUAACAAACUUUACACCAAGACGUUACAAGUUAAUGUAUGGUGUGCAAGCGGUGAGCCUGAGGAGUGCUUGGGUUCAGCCCAAGUCUCACUUGCAGACUUUAGCCCCGAAUCACCUAGCAUAAAGUGGUACAAUAUUUUAUCUUUUCGUUUUAUGCAACCAUCAACGUCUGAUAAUUCAAGCACGAGCACGAGCUCAAUCUCUUCUAAACUCACUAAACAUGACAAACAAGAGUCAGAUAUUUCUGUUUAUAGAAGUGGAGUUCAGUUACAAAAUACGAAAGAAGAGAGCAGUGACGAAAGUACUAUAAUCAGUUCACAGACAUCUACUCUUACACGGAAUCAGGGCUGCGAUGAAUUACAAACGGCUGUCUCUUUGCGAUUAGAAGAGCUUGCUAAUUGCUUAGGCAGUCCUGAGGAAGAAGAUGAAGAGAGAGAUAGUGAUAGUGUGAGUGAAGAUAGUGAUGAAGAAGAUUUACUAGGUGAAUUUACGAUGGAGGACAACAUAUUAGAGGAUGUUCUCGAACAUGAAGAAGAAGAAGAUGACGAUGACGAUGACGAUGACGAUGAAGAAGAAGAAAGACUGACAGAAGAGUCUAAUCAAACUCAAGAUAAAGAAACAAACACUGAGUGUAUUUUUAUUCCAGAACAGGGUAAACAAAGAAAACUAUCAGCUGCAGGAAUUGUUCUUGGUGCGGUACAUGAUGAUAAGAAUUCAAUUGUUAUUAAACGAAGCCAAACAUUCUCACCGAGUGCUGCUGUUAGCAGGAAUCAUUAUAUUUGUCGAUUGAAUCGCAGUGACAGUGACAGUAGUAUGCCACUUUACCGUAGAGGUGGUCCAUUCCAACGUAAUUCUGUGGAAAGGCGAUCACUUCGGUGGCGACGUCCAUCUUCUGCUUUAAGUUGUAAAACAGCUUCGAAGAAAUCAACGCAUUUACCAACCGCUAGAACAUCUCUUGAUCUUGAACUUGAUCUUCAAGCUCAACACGCUAAGCUCAAUAAUCUUCAUGAUGAAUUAAGUAGGUUACGCGAAUUGAAACAAAGACUGGAACAGGCACGUGAAAAAGGUGACGCUGAUCUUGCUUCAUGGGUACUUGAAGAUCAUAAAUUUCAAGCACUUAUAGCACAAGCUGAAAGUAGUAAAAAUGGCAAAAGCGUUGAAGAUAAAAAAGUCGAAAAAAUGUUAAGAAAAACUUCUAAAGAAAUAUAUAAACUCAGAAAAACCAAAGUAGGAAAAGGCAAGCCAGAUAUUAUCUCGUUUAAAGAAAAGAUGGCUUUCUUCACUCGCGUUAACUUAAGCGUUCCAGUAUUACCACCUGAUGAUACAAAUUCGGAAUUAUCAACAAUACAAUACAGAAAACAUAUAUCAGAUUCAGCAAAUAGUGGAGAUUUUUCAGUACAAUCUCAAAUUGGAGCUAGUAAAAUUUUGAAAGAAAAUGCUGCAAUAAAUACAGCAUUGAUAAAUGCACGAACAAAUAGUAGCAUGAUUAAAUCAAACAAUGCCAGAACUGUUGUGUCUGCAUCAAAUGGAUUACAUGAAGAAAAAAAUGCUGUUACGAAUCUUGCUAGCGGUUCGACAAAAAUAGUUGAUAAAUCUAAUAAACUGUUAAAAGAAACCGAAAAUGAUAAGAGUUCAGAAGAUACAGACAGUAACUCAACGAGAUACGAGUAUGUUGUUGAUAGAGUACUAGGUGUUGAAGUUUGAUUUUUAAAAAAAUGAAAGAAAAGGCAAUCUUUUUAAAAUUGUUAUGAUAUUUAAAAUAUAGAAGUAGUUAAUAUUAUUUUUUAAAUUGUAAAUUUUAAAAAAGUAUUUUUUAGAUUCAAUUUUAUAUAAUUGUACGUAGAUCAUAUAACAAUUAUUUAUUUUAAAUUUUCAUUUGUACAAUUUUUAAAAUUAUCAAUAGCAUUAUGAUUGCAAUGAUCUUUAAAUUUUAUGUACUAAGUAUAAAAAAAUGUAAAUAUCAGUAUAUAAAUUAUUUAAUUUUCACCGGUAACGUCAGUUAAAACUAUUUAAUGGUCCGAUUGGUUUUAGAAUAACCUUUUCGCUCUCGUUUUUUUUUUUUUUUUUUUAAUUUUUUUCUUUCAUUUUAUCGUAAAUAUCAAAGUGCCUUUAAUGUUUCUCUGAAGAUUUCGAACCGUUAAGUAGAUUUUUGCAAUACUAUAAAGCUGUAUAAUUAAACUAUAAUUAUCAUGUGACAUUACUAGUGUUGUUAGACAGAGAAAUGGUCUGAUAAUUGACGUAAAUUGUGACUAGCGGACAUUUUUUGGAUUUAAUACCGGUUUUCGUGCCAAUCCGAUUUUUCCCAGACAAUUAUUUUACAAAAAAUUGAUCAAAUUUUUUUUUCCGUCAUUUGGCAUCUAAAUAGAAGUAAAGAUAAAUUUUUUUAAAUAAACAAAUCGGUCAUUAUGCUGAGUGAUACAACUUGCAGUUUACUUACAAUUACAUGUGCUCGUACAUUUAAUAUUGUCCAGUAAAUUAUUUUAUAAAAAAAAUGACUGGAAAGUUGACCAAAUCAUUUUAGACGUCCAUUGACAAGCAAUUGACAGUAAAUUUCUCAUGAUCUGACUGAACAAAAAAAUGACAGUCAUUUCACAACAUUAGGCAUUACUGUUUAAUGAUAAAUUUAACAAUUCCAAUUUCAUUAUAAAAUAAAAUUUUUUUUACAUGAAUCAUAAUAUUGUGAUUCAUAAAAUGUUUGUUUGAUAAUAAUAGAAAAAAGGAAAAGCAGUAAUUGCAUUAUGUAUGUCACUCUAAUCUGUCAAUUUAAAGGUCGGCAGUACUAACCGAAUUUCCUGAUUUUAGAUUUCUAAUUACGUUUUAAAUAUUUAUAGGGUUCGAACGAUGAAAAUCUUCCGGGGAAGUUUGUCUUAUGUACUUUUUCGGAAGCUGGAAAAAUCGCUAUAAUGAUAAUCAAUUAAUAAAUUAAUAGAAAUCUAAAAUUCGAGAUUUUGUUAAGGUGAAACAGUAUCCGACUCUUUUCUCACACUCAGAGAAAUCAAUAGAAUUAUCUUUAUUAUACUCGUAGAGUAAAUGAUAAUUUAUAAACAAUUUUUCUCGGAGACGAGGUUCCAGAAAACGUAAAAAGACUCUCCAUUUUAGGUUUUUGAAGAUCAUCAGUGAAUUAAAUUAAAUUUAAAAUUGUUUACUGUUACUAGUUGAAAAAAAAUUGUAAAGAUCUCGUUUGCGAAUCGAAAUUUUCAGCGAUAAGCGACACAUAAAAAGGUACUUUGAGGGCGCACGACCCACCGAGCAGCUGGCCUGCAAUUCAAUUAAAAUUAAAUAAACCCUGUACCCUGGUUAGCUCUUGAUCACGUAUUGCUCAUAGUUUUUAAAACUUAAAUUUUAUUUUUAUCAAGUUUGAAUCAAAAAUUAUUUUAUGAAAUUGUAGAGAAAACAGUCACAUUCAAAAGUAAAUACUAAGAUGAAACUGUUAAGAUUUAAAUAUAAUCAAUUCUAAUAUAUAAAUAAACGAAAUUUUUUAAUCGAGAUAAAAAUAUUAUAACAUAACUGUACAUUUUCGUUCAUUAAAUCUAUAUCAUUUCGAAAUUAAUACAGUAGGAUACUGUAGUAAUAACUCGCUCGGAACGCUUCCCCUACCAAUGACUCAAUAAAAGUUUUGUGCCGAAACCUCGCUAUAAGACUAACGACCAGUACUACUAAAAUCGAGAUAAAAUACACACGCAUAAAGAUUGUAGAUUAAAUCAUUUAUUUUCAUAAACAAUACUUAAAGUUUCGUGGUAUCACAUAAUUAAUUAACAGAAAAAAACGACAAAAUUCUGUUUAUUUAUAAUUAUACAUAAAAAAGAUUCACUGUAUAAUAGAGUAGAGUUUAACCGAAUACAUAAAUAAAACGCAAAACGGCGAUAGUCUUAUAGCGAGGUUUAGGCGUAAACGAUGUUAAGCACAAUAGUGGGGGUAUCUCAAUUCCAAGAAUUUUUUCCCCUACAGCCCCGAGAUAGUCUUAUAACAAGGUCCUACUGUAUCAUUAUUAUUUAGUGGUAUGUUAUAGAUAAAACAUUCUAUCAAAGUUAUAAUUCAAAUUAUUUUCUGCUGUAUUAUUGCUAUUAAAGAAUUUUUUUAAUUUUCUCAAAUUGUUUAUAUUUAAUUCAACAGAUACAAUGCUUCAAUUUUUUUUUUUGGUAUUUAAACUUCCCUCUAUAAGAGUUGAAAAAGAAAGUCUCAUUAAUUUUUAGAAUUGAUUCUUUAAGCAAUAUCUGAAUGAUUUAGAAAUUACGAUUCAAAAGGAAUUUUAUUGUCAAUAAAUAGUAAAACAAAAAUACGUUUCCGGUCAAUCUUAUUAGAUCGAGCUUUGAUAACUAUUUCAUUUGCCACAAAAACUUGAGGCACUCUGAAUAGUUUAUCAAGAUUUACAUAUUAUUAAAUUUUUUUCUGGCAAAUUAACCAUAUGAUUUAUUGAUUAAAAUUAAUAAAAUAAAUUUAGUAAAAUUUUACAAAAUAUUACAUUCGAUUACCAUGAUUUCGAUAAGAACAAUUAAAAUCGUAAUUGAGUUAUAAAACAUUAUUGUUUUGACGUAAUUUUCGUUUGAGAUCCUGAAAUGUUCUAUAGAAAUUUUGUUUUUUGUUAAAUGCGAUGAGCAUGUAAAUACAGGGAAAAGUUUUAAAACUGAUCUAUAGUGUCAGCCAAUUGUCGUAUUUUUAUUAUUGUAACGCCCUAAUUUCUUUGAUAGAUACAUAGAUAUUAGUGUUGUGUUAUUGUCAAAGAAACAAAAAAAAAAAAAAACCAGUGAUUUAAGCUUUGAAUUGAGUGAUAUGAGCAAUAUAAUUUAUGCCUCAAUAUACAUUAUUGCCUUAAAAUACAUUCUGAUGGAAUUGUGAUUAAUUACUUCGAUAAAGAAAAUUAAAAAUUUAAUUUUUAGAAAACUUACACUACUAGUUAUAUUUAUGAAAAGUCCAAUGCAACUGAUAUAUAUAAAUAUACUGGUUAUAUUGAAUAUAAAAUACUCAAUGUCAAUCUAAAAUUUAAAUUAUAAAAUAUACAAAAUCAUUAAAGUUUAUUGAAGAAUUAAUAAAAUUUACUAUUACUAUACUGACAAAAAAAAGAUUUCUUAGCGCCAGAAAAUUUUGACUUGCCCCAAGAAAUUUUUUAUAUUAUGAAUUGAAAAAUUAAUUUUUUUGGGGCGCGAAAAAGUUUCUUACAGCAACAAAUUUUUUCUCGUUCUGAGUAAAUUUUUGUUUCCAAUUCAUAAUGAAAAAUAUUUCUUGCACUAAGAAGCCCUUUUUUUCUUUGUAGACUUUUGAUACUAUACAGUCACUAAGAUUGGCACAGUAGAUUUAAAUAAAAUACAAAUGAUGAGAUAGGAAAAUUAAUUAUAUUGAAAAAUGUAUGGAUAUGUUAGUAUCUUAAAUUACAAUAAGAUAAUUGUAUUGAAUAAGAAUAAUAGAAACGUAACCGCAAAAUCAUAUGUAAGAAAGCAAAUAAUAAUAAUUAUCGAGUGCCUUUUAAAAUUUUUUAAAUUGGAUUUAAAUAGAAACUAAUUUGUACAUAUGAUUGUAAAUACGAUCAUUAUAAGUAAAAAUAAACUAUAUAUAUAUAUAUAUAUAUAUAUAUAUAUAUGUUUUAAAUUAAAUAUUUUUAUGAAAUCGAUCGAUUGUUGAAUAAUUAAUAGCAUUAUAAAAAUAAAUGUAUUAAUAGUUAAUUGUAGAGCAAUCACGACAGAUGAAUAAUUAAAUCUCAAUUAUUAGCUGAUGUAGAAUGUAAAUAAAAAAAUAAAAAUGCCUCUAUUGAAAAAGCGUCACAAUUUAAAUGUGCCUACGUUUUGUUUAUACAGUUUUGUUAAUAUCAACUGUUUUCAUUUCCAAUUACCGAACGACACGAAUUGUAUUAUUAAUGUUACAAUAUAGUUUAAAACAGUCACAGUUAAUUUACUUAACUUAUGUUAUAUGGAAGCAUAAAAAAGUAUAAACCUCCCUUCUAUACUAGUUACUAGUUGCUUUGUAAGUAUUUCAAUAUUAAACAAUAAUACAAAAACAUGUUUUUA